AUGAGCACUACCACAGCCGCCCCCGGAAACCUUGUCCGCGAGGGAACUCUGAAUGCCCUGCGAGCCCUCACCUCACGGGGCUCAACCUGGCCCGAGCCUACGCUCUCCGUCGGGCGCAAGAUCGGCAAAUUCGGGGGCAAGGAGCUAUGCUGGGAGGCUGUCGGCCCUGCGCGGGAGUCCUUUGUCAAGAUUUCACCACGGAUCAAAGAGCAUCUCGAAAAUGGCGUGGAAGCUGUAUCAUCGUGGGUGACCUGGUCCAUGUACAUGAUUGGCAAAUCUCCCGAGCUUGCUUGCCCAACCAUCGUCUUCUGCUGCGAAGUCCCAGCACAUCGCAAGCUAGUGCGAGACGUCAUUAAAGACAGUGGCCUCCUGGAUAAAUACCCCGGCAUCAAGACUGGUCAUACGUCCCGACCGCCGGAUUUCAACCAACUCGUUCAGAUGGCUGACGUCGGCGCUCGGCCGGCAUUGGAUCUCGUCAUCAAGGGACUCGUCGUACCUGAUAGCAACGCCUGCGGUAUGGAACUCGUCAUUCAUGCAGAGUCCCAGGAUUUCUUUGCAAGCAGAGCCGCGACAGUUGGUGGCGUUGUUCAGCUUGGCGAACGCUUCUUCUACUUGACGGCUGAGCAUGCAUUUCGUGUUGCCAGCCAACAAGAUCCAUAUGGCGAGUCUUCUUACUCAGACACCGAUAGCGAUUUCUCCAUCGACCAAGACGUAAUCAGUCACGGUACCGAUGAUGACUUGGAACUCGAUUGCGCAGCAAUGAGCAAGGUCGACAUUUGCGACGACAACGAUAGUCUGCAGGGGAGCGAACCCUUCAUUGUCGCUCCAACCCUUAUCGAAUUCAGGAGACAGAAGCAAACGGUCCUGAGAGAAACUGUUCGGCUUUCCUCCGUUUCGAUAUCUUCGCGAGCUGACCUCGCAACCAAUCUUGACUACAAUCUGAUCGAGGUCUCUGAGGCCAGUCACCAAGUUCCGAAUUCGAUCAAUCACGGCGGAAGAACUCUGACCGUUCGGAACAUAGUUGUCGAUGGUCCCAAAGAUGUAAGAAUCUUGGCCAUCACAUCUAGAGGUAUCCUGAGUGGGAGACUCUCUGGUACAAGCAUGUACACAAGCCUACCCACUGCAAACACAUAUCAGGAAGUUUACUAUGUCACCCUUGACUGUCCUCUCGAAAUCGGAGACUGUGGUGCCUGGAUAAUCCACGCCAGCACCGGGGAUCUAUUUGGCCACAUCGUUGCCGGCUCUCCAGAGACGGGUGCGGCCAUGAUCAUACCAGCUGCGUUCAUAUUCAACGAUCUGGAAGACCGAACCCAACUCCGCCCAAGGCUGCCCAUGGCGACCAUCCAGUCAUCGCCAGAGUACAUGGGGGAUAAAGAACACCAAACCAAGGAAAAGGAAUAUAGUUUGCCACCUGCACAACUAACUCAGUACGAUAUAGAAUGGACCAAAAAUACUGCUGCACAAUUCGUCGACUUGAUGCGACAAAAGCACAAGCAAAAUAUUCGCAACAGAGUCAAGAAAUCUGCUGUGGUUGUACAAGGCGCGUCCAUGGCAGAAUCACCUCCGUCGUAUGAUCAGAGUACCAAAGAUGCAACUCUUCGCGGACGAUUUAGAACAAGGUUUCCACUCAUUCCAGAGCCGCCGGCGGAAGGAGACAAGGACGCACAGAAAUUUCGCAACCUUCUUAUGAGUCUCUCCUACGUGCCUUUAUCGUACGAAAACGAUGAGUUGCUAGAGUUGGCUCGGGUUACGAUGCCGUUGGAAGAGAUAUCCGCAAAAGCGGCGCUGAGAGUGUCGACCUACGAAGAGAACAGCCAGGGAUCCAGUGUUGAAAAUCAGCCGCACUGGGACUUGACGGAUUGCUGGGGCAAGGCACUGACAUAUGUCAUUGCAUUUUCGGUUGAUGGUGCCACAGACGUCACUCGGCGAUACCUCCGCGCCGUGUCUCUUUUUAGAGAGCGCCCUCGAACCCGGUGCUCCGAGGAAGCGCUCGUAUACAUCCUGCGAGAGAUCACGGCGAUGCGAAGAACCUCGAUGGAGGAGGACAAGGUAGCCCGGCUGAAGGAAGAGGACGCGCGUGAACAGCGGGAGCUCGCUGCCUACAUGGUGGCAAGCAUCACCAAUGAGUUUGUCUCCAGUUUAGGCCUCGACGACGUAACGCAGGGUGAUGAGAAGCGACGGGCAGAGGAGCUGGCAGACCGGGAGUAUUCCCAGGCAAGGGAGGCGUGA